UUAAUCAUCCAAAACCAUUUUCUUUUUCCUUUUGGUGUUUCAAAUGGUUCUUCAGUUGGCUAUGGAGCUCCCAUUCUUAUCAUAUGCCGCACUGUUCAUUGUUUCAUUUCUUAUAGUUAGAACGGUGAUUUCCAUUAGAAAUCGUUCCAAGCUUCCGCCAGGUCCAACGGCGUUACCGGUCAUCGGCCACCUCCAUCUCCUCAGUCCCUUCAUUCAUCAAACUUUUCAGAAGCUCUCAUCCAUCCAUGGCGCCUUGAUGUAUCUCCGCCUAGGGUCCGUCGAGUGCGUUGUGGUCUCUAACCCUGAGCUUGCCAAAGAGCUUCUCAAGCAUCACGAGCUCACCUUCUCCGCCCGCAAGCACACCGCUGCUAUUGACCAUCUUACUUACAACUCUUCCUUCGCUUUCGCACCCUACGGAACUUACUGGAAAUUCAUCAAAAAGCUGAGCACUUUCGAGCUGCUAGGCAACCGAACCCUUGGCCAAUUCCUUCCUGUUCGUACCAAGGAAUUACAUCAUUUCAUAAGCAUUCUUUUGGACAAGUCUAAAUCAAGUGAAACCGUGAACCUAACUGAAGAACUGUUGAAAUUAACUAACAACGUCAUAUCUCAGAUGAUGAUGAGCAUUAGGUGCUCAGGAACAGGAGACCAAGCCGAUGGGGUCCGAACCCUAGUUCGAGAAGUGACUGAGAUCUUCGGGGAAUUCAAUGUCUCUGAUAUCAUAUGGUUCUUCAAAAACAUAGAUGUGCAGGGUUUUCGAAAGAGGUUUUUGGAUAUCCAUAGCAGGUAUGAUUCAUUGUUGGAAAAAAUUAUGAGAGAUCGAGAGGAACUAAGGGAAAACAAGAAACCAAAUGAUGAUGAUGUGAAGGACUUUCUGGAUAUGAUGCUUGAUGUCUUUGAAGAUGAGCACUCCGAAAUUCAGUUAACCAGAAACCAUAUCAAGGCCUUAAUCUUGGAUUUUUUAACAGCCGCUACAGACACAACAGCAAUAGCGGUAGAAUGGGCAUUGGCAGAGCUAAUCAACAACCCAGAGACGCUAAGAAAAGCACAACAAGAGUUGGAUCAAGUUGUAGGGACAAGCAGGUUGGUACAAGAAUUCGACACUCAACGUCUCCCCUACCUUCAAGCCAUAAUCAAGGAAUCAUUUCGACUUCACCCUCCAAUCCCAAUGAUCAGCAGAAAAGCAGUUGAGGAUUGCAAAAUCAAUGGCUACACAAUUCCAGCUCAGUCUUUAUUGUUUGUAAACAUUUGGGCUAUAGGCAGGGAUCCUAAGGUGUGGGAGGAUCCGCUCAAGUUUCAGCCUGAGAGGUUCUCGAAAUGCAACCGACCUGAUACUAAUAUUAAUUCAGGGGAUAUCGAUGUUAAAGGUUUGCAUUAUCAGCUGUUGCCUUUCGGUACAGGGAGGAGGGGUUGCCCUGGUAUUUCUUUAGCCAUGCAGGAACUCCCCGUCACUUUGGCGGCCUUGAUUCAAUGCUUUGACUGGAAGCUGCCGAAUGUCGGCGGUGGUGUUGACAUGAGUGAGCGAGCUGGACUUACAGCACCCAGAGCCCAUGAUCUCAAAUGUGUUCCACUUGCACGCUUCUCUCCCACUCUUUUUGCAACUUAAGUAGUCGGU